CUGCUGCCCUCUCCCUAGCGGUCACUCCCAGCACACCAGUGCUGGCUUUGACAUUCGCAAACUGGAUUGCAUCACUGCUCCAACCCAUCGAUUUGGCGAUCGAAUUUAGAGCCGCAGCAUUGGGCCAUAGACCCUGCUUGGCCUCGAGCGCCUGAACUGCCUGACCUGCCUGACCCAACCAACGCCAAGCCCACACCCGCCGUGGCCUUGUUCCUCUGCCCGACCUGCAUCGCCCUACCGCCUCCCAGCAGCCUGCUUCCCGCCUUUUUGCCAUCCCAACCCACCACCGCCGCCACGCGACACCCACAUCGCCGGCAGUCCAUUUGAUCUUCCCUGAAGCAUCGUCGGUCGCCAGCCAACCUUCGACCUUCGCUGCUCGCUCGUCCCUCUGCUCUCCCCAGGCCCGCUCCCUUCUUUUUUCCCCUCUGCUGCGCGCCGACACCACAAAACAAAGCUCGCCAUGGCCGACGCGCCAAAUGUCAGCGACGAGCUUUACCCGAUAGCCGUCCUUAUUGACGAGCUCAAGCACGAUGAUGUCCUUCUUCGACUCAAUGCCAUCCAUCGACUCUCGACCAUUGCCCUCGCGCUUGGGCCCGAGCGCACUCGCGAGGAGCUGAUUCCCUUCCUUGAUGAAUCCGUCGAGGACGAAGACGAGGUCCUUGUUGCCCUGAGUGAGGAACUGGGCAACUUCCUCGACUAUGUGGGCGGACCCCAGUGGGGUCACGUUCUGCUGUCGCCGCUUGAGAACCUGGCUGCCAUCGAGGAGCCCGUUGUGCGAGACAAGGCCGUCGAGUCUCUGAACAAGAUAUGCGCCGAGCUCUCACCAAAGCAGGUGGAGGAGUAUUUCCUACCCCUCACCAGCCGCCUCUCCAAGGCAGACUGGUUCACUUCCAAGAUCUCGGGAUGCGGCCUCUACACAACGCCCUACAAGAAGGUGGCCCCGCCGCUCCAGGAGCAGCUACGGCGGGAUUUCGGUCACCUCGUCCACGACGAGACCCCCAUGGUGCGCCGCCAGUCGGCCACAAACCUUGCCAAGUUUCUCAAGGAGAUGCCCGCCGCCGUUGUUGUUGAAGAAAUGAUACCCAUGUUCCAGCAUCUUGCGCAGGACGACCAGGACAGCGUCCGACUCCUUACCGUUGAGGUGCUCAUUUCCAUCGCCGAAGUCGUUCCCAAGGAGCAGCAGUCCAGCCACGGUGUGCUUUUGACGUCUCUUCGCAGUCUGAUAGAAGACAAGAGCUGGAGGGUCCGUUACAUGAUCGCCGACAGGUUUGAGAAGAUCGCAAAAGCGGUCGAUGAGGAGGUUGUCUCGAGGGACCUGGUCCCCGCCUUCGUUAAGCUGCUGAAGGACAACGAGGCCGAGGUCCGGACUGCGAUCGCCGGUCAGAUCCCUGGGUUCUGUGCUCUGGUCGAGCGGACGACACUGCUCAACGAGAUCAUGGGCAGCAUUGAGGACCUCGUCUCGGACAGCUCGCAACAUGUUCGCGCCGCCCUCGGCACUCAAAUCUCGGGCCUGGCUCCCAUUCUCGGCAAGCAAGAGACCAUCGAUCACCUUCUCCCCAUGUUCCUGCAGAUGCUCAAGGACGAGUUCCCUGAGGUGCGGCUGCACAUCAUCUCGAAGCUUGAACUCGUGAACAAGGUCAUUGGCAUCGACCUGCUUUCCCAGUCGCUGCUCCCUGCUAUUGUCCAGCUCGCCGAGGACAAGCAGUGGCGCGUCCGACUUGCCAUCAUCGAGUACAUUCCUCUGCUUGCCAGCCAGCUCGGCGUCAAGUUCUUCGACGAGAAGCUCAGCAGCCUGUGCAUGAGCUGGCUCGGAGACACCGUCUUCUCUAUCCGUGAGGCGGCCACGCACAACCUCAAGAAACUUACCGAGGUCUUUGGCGUCGAGUGGGCUAGCGAAGCCAUCAUCCCCAAGGUCAUGGCCAUGGGCAACCACCCUAACUAUCUGUACCGCAUGACGACAUGCUUCGCCAUCACUACACUGGCGACGGUUGUCAGCAUGGAUGUGAUUGGUAAGAACAUUCUGCCUAUGCUCGACAAGCUCGUUGUCGACGACAUCCCCAACAUCCGCUUCAACGUUGCCAAGACCUAUGGGGUGCUGGUUGAUGUGCUCCGCCGGCUGCCCGAGCAGGGCACCAUCUACUCACUCGAGAAGGCCGGCGCCUCGUUCAGCCCCUCCUCCCGCGGCGCCGAGCUCAUCCAGCAGCGUGUCAUGCCGAGCCUGGAGAAGUUGCAGAAGGAUGACGAUGUUGAUGUUCGAUACUUCGCCACAACGGCGGCCGCGGCUGCUUCCGGCCCCCUGCCUGGAGGCGAGCCUAUGAAUACCUCACCAUAGAUCCGAGAAGAGUCAUAAUGAAGCAAUUCUGUUCGCCCCCGUGGUCUCUUCCUUCCCCACCUAUGUCUUAACCUUUUCUCUCCAUUUUACCGCCCCAUUUCUGUUUGUUCCUGAGCUUGUUAGGCAUAGAUUUCCGCCUGGCAGCUAACCACCAGCAUCACCUUGCGUUAGACCCUCCUGUCUCGUUUCGCUUGCAGGCUUGGGUUACAGUAGCGAAUGGUGGCGUGUGUGGCCCCUGGUUGUAUUUCAGGUCACGUUGAUGAUUAGAUGUGACGCAUUGAGGUGUCGUCUCCAUUACCUUUCUGUCAUUUUUUUUUCUCUUUUUAGAUGAGUAAACCUUUCUGGCAGUGGAGGAGGGCCAGCCUUGGUUGCGUUCAAACAGUCAAAGCGCGCCGCCAACGGCAAGUGCAGCCCAUUGGUGAGUGUGCACAAGGGCAAGGCCGUUGAGUGCGGGAACGUGAGGCAUGAGGACAUGGACGAAGACGUGGAGUUGGUAAAGGAACGCAGCCCACCCGCAUCAAGACAAGAAGGGUUCACGAGGCAUGAUAAUAUAAUUCGGGCA